GCAUUAAUCACAAAGCCAUUUAAAGUCACCUUCUUCAUCACCAUCCAUUAUAAUUUCCUCUUCCGUCUCGCUCAGAGUCCAAGCCCUAGAAAAUUAGACCCUCCCACGAAACCCUAGAUUUCCUCUCUGAAAAUUUUCAAAGCUUCUCCCCAUUCCUGGGAUUCCGCGCCCAGAUCGCAGAUCCCGUUUAAUAUUUUUACGUCCCCGAUCGGUUUUGGAUUCUGAAGAAGAAAAUUCAAUUACGCAAAAUUCCGAGGCAUUGCCGCUGUCCUGGCUUGCGCAUGGGUAAGAUUCUGAGAGAAACCGCUAGGCCGUCCUUUAAUUGUUCGUCGGCGUCACCGUCGUCAGCGCCACCGGCGACGACGUCGUCGACGUCGGUGACCGACACCGUGAGGGGAUCGCACCGGUUCAAGAUCACGGGGUAUGCUCUGUCUAAGGGGAUUGGGAUUGGGAAGUAUAUAGCGUCGGAUAUAUUUUCGGUGGGAGGGUACGAUUGGGCGAUCUAUUUUUACCCUGAUGGGAAGAGCGUGGAGGACAAUGCUACGUACGUUUCUCUCUUCAUCGCGCUGGCUAGCGAAGGGGCAGAUGUUAGAGCGCUUUUUGAGUUGACCCUUUUGGAUCAGAGUGGGAAGGAGAGGCAUAAGGUGCAUAGCCAUUUCGAGAGGACCCUCGAGAGUGGACCUUACACGUUAAAAUACCGUGGUAGCAUGUGGGGUUACAAGCGGUUUUUUAAGAGAACAGCACUAGAGACAUCAGAUUACCUUAAAGACGAUUGCCUUAGCGUUAAUUGUAGUGUUGGUGUAGUGAAAUCACACACAGAGGGCCCUAAAAUUUAUAAAAUUCCAAUUAUGCCUUCUAACAUUGGUCAGCAACUUGGGAAGCUUUUAGAAAGUGGGAAAGGCAGUGAUGUGAGUUUUGAAGUGAAUGGAGAUGUUUUUGCUGCUCAUAAAUUGGUACUAGCUGCUCGCUCACCAGUUUUCAGGGCCCAACUUUUUGGUCCUAUGAAAGAUCAGAAUACCCGUUGUAUAAAAAUUGAAGACAUGGAGGCUCCAGUUUUCAAGGCAUUGCUUCAUGUUAUAUAUUAUGACUCACUACCUGACAUGCAAGAGCUUACUGGGUUGAACUCGAAAGGGGCUACUACCUUGAUGGCUCAGCAUCUGCUUGCAGCCGCUGAUCGGUAUGGCUUAGAGAGAGUUAGGCUGAUGUGUGAAACAAAUCUCUGUGAAGAUGUUGCAAUAAACACUGUUGCUACGACUCUGGCCUUGGCAGAGCAGCACCAUUGUUUCCAACUGAAAGCAGUCUGUCUGAAAUUCGUUGCACAGCCUGAAAAUCUCAGAGCUGUGAUGCAAACAGAUGGUUUUGAGUACUUGAAAGAAAGUUGCCCAUCUGUUUUGACUGAGCUUUUAGAGUAUGUGGCUAGAUUUACGGAGCACUCAGACUACUUGUGCAAACAUAGGAAUGAAGCAAUACUUGAUGGCAGCGACAUAAAUGGAAGGAGGGUGAAGCAAAGGCUAUAGUGCGAAGACUGUCAAAUAUCCUCUACCCCUCGCAUUUAAAUAUUGCAGUGAGAGCCACAGAUGGAGGGAGAGGAUAAGCAUUUAUAGGAUUAGUGACAAUUUUUAAUUUUCUUAGCUUGCUCUUCGUGUCUAGAAGAUGUAAAUGUAGUUUGUUUUGGUGCUGUUGCAGGUUCUGUGAUAACACUGCUCGUAAAACAUGUCUUAAAAGAAAGUAUUGAUCACUGUCA